AUGGUUGGAUGGCAAGUUCAUCACCUGGCGAUUUACACAACUCGUUCCGGCCGCACGGUCGUCGCGGAACCGCCCGCAGGCACAAUGGAGCUGCGACCUGUUAACGUGACGCGCACUGUGUACAAGACGAUGCUCAUCGACAACGUCAUAUCUGCAAUCAAGGCGCGACGCAGACAUCGACAAGGCGUGAAUGUCAGAUUGUUGGGCGAUGAAGGUGAAGUACCAACCGCCAAACUCGCCGGCCUUGAACGUGUUGGAUAUUGGUUUCUUCUGCGCCAUCCAACGCUUCAACAGACGCACCACUCGAACAUCUACGAAAACAUCGUGAAUUCAACGAACAACGCGUGGAAUGACGUGGCCCCUUGGUCGUUGGAACACAACUUUCAACCGUGCUUGCGUGAAGUCAACGUCUGCUCCGGCGAGAACUCUGGCACUAGUAAAGAUUAG